AGGCUCUUCCGCCGUGUCGGGCCCGAGCGGGUGGCAGCGUGUCGGUCGCGGACUUCGGGCAGGUCGCGGCACUCGGAGCUGCAGCGAUGGCGGGCAGGCUGUGGUGCAAGGCCACCUUUGCGGGAUACAAGCGCGGCCUGCGCGACCAGCGGGAGCACACGGCGCUGCUGAAGAUUGAGGGCGUGUGUGCGCGCACAGACACGGACUUCUACCUGGGCAAGAGAUGCGCCUACGUGUACAAGGCCAAGAACAACACGGUGACACCGGGUGGGAAGCCUAACAAGACCAGAGUGAUACGGGGAAAGGUGACGCGGGCUCACGGCAACAGCGGCAUGGUGCGCGCCAAGUUCCGCAGCAACCUUCCUGCCAAGGCCAUCGGGCACAGGAUCCGGGUGAUGCUGUAUCCAUCGAGGAUUUAGAUUUACUGAAAAAUAAAUAAAAUUAGAGAUUGAAAAAAAAAAAA